UCGUGUCAGCUGACGGGGAGGCUUCGAAGGAGGGAGCGGUCGACAUCUUGAAUAAGGGCAGAUGACUGAAACUGACCGUCAGACAAAGCAAGACAGGGAGCAUCGUUUCGAGUGACCGGCGAGGGUUGCGAAUUCUCGUUGUGGUGAACGACGACAGCCCUGUCAAAGGGUGUGUGAGGGAAUCAGUAGUUCCAUGAUGUCUCAUGAAGACUGAGCACUCGCCACCAUGAUCGGAGGACUGUUCAUAUACAACCACAAGGGGGAGGUGUUGAUCUCCCGCGUUUACCGGGAUGACAUAGGGCGUAAUGCAGUGGACGCGUUCCGCGUGAACGUGAUCCACGCCCGGCAGCAGGUGCGCUCCCCCGUCACCAACAUAGCGCGCACCAGCUUCUUCCACGUCAAGCGCUCCAACAUCUGGCUGGCGGCCGUCACCAAGCAGAACGUCAACGCCGCCAUGGUCUUCGAGUUCCUCUACAAGAUGUGCGACGUCAUGACGGCCUACUUCGGCAAGAUCAGCGAGGAGAACAUCAAGAACAACUUCGUGCUCAUCUACGAGCUGCUGGACGAGAUCCUGGACUUUGGCUACCCCCAGAACUCUGAGACUGGAGCGCUGAAGACCUUCAUCACCCAGCAGGGCAUUAAGAGCGCGGUGAGUAGCAAGGAGGAGCAGUCCCAGAUUACCAGCCAGGUGACUGGGCAGAUCGGCUGGCGUCGCGAGGGCAUCAAGUACCGCCGCAACGAGCUCUUCCUGGAUGUCCUGGAGAGUGUCAACUUGCUCAUGUCACCUCAAGGUCAGGUCCUGAGUGCGCACGUGUCGGGCCGCGUGGUCAUGAAGAGCUACCUGAGCGGCAUGCCCGAGUGCAAGUUCGGCAUGAACGACAAGAUCGUCAUCGACAAGCAGGGCAAAGGAGGCGGCACUGACGAGGCGGGCAAGAGCACUGGGAAGCAGUCCAUAGCGAUCGAUGACUGCACGUUCCACCAGUGUGUGCGCCUCAGCAAGUUCGACUCUGAGCGCAGCAUCAGCUUCAUCCCUCCGGACGGGGAGUAUGAACUCAUGAGAUACCGCACCACUAAAGACAUCAUCCUGCCCUUCCGGGUCAUCCCCCUGGUGAGGGAGGUGGGCCGCACCAAGCUGGAGGUCAAGGUGGUCAUCAAGUCCAACUUCAAGCCCUCCCUGCUGGCACAGAAGAUUGAGGUGCGCAUCCCCACUCCCCUCAACACCAGCGGGGUGCAGGUGAUCUGCAUGAAGGGCAAAGCCAAAUACAAGGCCAGUGAGAAUGCCAUCGUCUGGAAGAUCAAGCGCAUGGCGGGCAUGAAGGAGUCCCAGAUCAGUGCUGAGAUUGAGCUGCUGCCCACCAACGACAAGAAGAAGUGGGCCAGGCCACCCAUCUCCAUGAACUUUGAGGUGCCGUUCGCUCCGUCGGGCCUGAAGGUGCGCUACCUGAAGGUGUUUGAGCCAAAGCUGAACUACAGCGACCACGACGUCAUCAAAUGGGUGCGCUACAUCGGCCGCAGCGGCAUCUACGAGACUCGCUGCUAGCCCCCCCACGACCGCUCCCUCUCUCUUCCCCAACACUGACCACGCGGGGAGAGGAGGGCCUAGGGGUGCGACGGAGGUUGCAUGGAUGGAUGGAUGGAUGGAUGGAUGGAUGGACUGAUGGAGAUGGAACACCACGGAAAAAAGGAGUGCAAGAAGAGCGAAAAUGGCAAGCUGGGGUUUUCAAACCACCCCCUUUUUCCCUCUCCCCUGCUCCUCCUCCUCCUCUUCCUCUUCUCCUCCUUCCUCCUCGUCCUCCUCCCUAUCCUUACUUGAUCAUCUCCUUCCCUCAUCGUGGGAGCUGUCUGCAGCACACGCCUGACGGAAAACAAAACAAAACGACAAGUCCUGACUAACAGGAGAAGAGAAGGCAUUCCUUGAAGAUAUCCCGGGGCGGAUGUCCGUUUACAUGGAGCUACUGCAGACUUUGUAUUACAGGGAGAAUGGGGGGGUGUGCGUCAACCAAUGAAAACACUGAAAUGAAGUUUUGGGGUGGUGUCCAUCUUGUGGGAGAUUUAAAAAGAAAUCAAAUGAAGACGAAAAGAAGGGAAAACGCAAAAUGAAGAAAUGGUGUCUGAAUGGGAACACCCAGUGUUUGCUUGGGGAAAAACGGCUCGCCAACAUCAUCCACCCUGAUGUCCCUCAGAAAUUCCUUCCUCUAAAGUACUCCCUUUCCCCAUCAAGUCCCUUCCCUUAGCUCUGUAGUGAAGAUGUGCUUCCUGACCCAGGCCUAGUGAGUUUGAGGGGCUUUUCAGUUAGUUCCUGUGCCAUUCAGCACAUAACCUGCCAACCCAACCCAACGCAACUCCCCCAGACCCCAUUACAUCUACUAUGGUGGUAAUCGACCCUUUAGCCUGUAGUGUGUUUGACUAGUAAAGCCAAUUGCCCCCCCCCUCCUUCCUCCCACACCAUCUCAAUUUUUUUGUAUGCCAUUUUUCAAUUGAGUGUAUCGGCAAGAUAUUUUGUCUGCGUUGCAUUUUUGUAUGGUUGUGUUUUUGUUGUGCAACAGCCUCUUCUUGAUCUCUUGGAUGUUGUUAUCAAUGCCAUGUCACCUGUCGGUCUUCAUUUGAUGUCAGCGCCCCCACCCUCUCCCCUACAUAUUUUUUUUUUUCUUUUUUUUUCUUCAAAGUAGCAGUUAAGGCGUCAGUCAUUGCUACAAAUCUAGCCUACUGGAAAUGUGACGUCACACCAUUUUCUGCUACAUUGUUUUUGUCUUCUUUUGUAGAAAAUGCUUUCGUUUUGUUUUUUCGUCUUGCUUUUGUUUUAUACGUGCAGUUUUUUUUCUCUUUUUGUGACCAAAAUGUCUACAGUGGGAGGAAGAAGAAAUGUUAAAAACAACAAAAAAAUAAGUGUAUAUAAAUAUUACAAAUGCAUAUUAUACAUAGAUAUGAGAAGGCAGAGUUUAAAAGAAAAAAAGCUGAGUUAAACCAGAGUAUCUGCUGUGUCAGUUGUAUUGUUGUGUAUGAGUCUAUCGGGCUGGUUUGUGUGUGUAUAAUGUGUGUGUAUGUAAGUGUAUGUGUGUGGAUUCUGAGCUCCUUCAUCCGAGACCUUCUCCACAUCUCUCAGGGGUUAAAAAGAGUCUGCCCUCCCCCCUCUCACACACCCCUGUUCCCCAGUGCUUGAAAAUCUCACUUUGCCUUUAGUGAGCUCAGCACUGUGUGAGCCUUCGGAGAGCCCGUAGUAGUCCUCACCAAGACUCUGCACUGCACUGCACUGAUAACCUCCGUCUUUAUCCCACACGUUUACAACUGUCCAUUUGGGGGACAUCGAUCUUCGAAAUUCCUCUCUCGACACAGCACUUAACUGCAUCCCCAUCUUGAAUGGGUGGGGGGGGGACUCAUCCAAAAUGCCAAGGGCACCCAUCCCUCUUUUAAAAGGGUUUUCUUUCUCCUCUUCCCCAGCUAUACUUUCUAACACGAAUCAUGAAUUUGGCUUCAUCAGUGUCACAGCCCUUUGAAAUAUUCAGCAGGGUUGAGGAAGAGGAAGGGAGCACACGAGGCCUGGCACUCGACUAUACUGUAGUCUUCUGAAACAUUCAUUUUUUUGCCCUCACUACGAAAAAGCAGCCCUUCACAGCCAGUUUUAACCUUACUAUUACACACUACGGUUUUACUGGCUACUGUUGGACCGCAUCACUACAAUGUUAUUACUACAGUCAGUGUCCCUGCCUUACAUUCUCAACUUAAACACACUGAUUUGGCUUGUCCUUGUCUUCUUAACUAUACUGCCCUGAGUGAUGGUGAGUUGUUUGUCUUGGCGGACUCAUCGUCCACGUUGACCUACGUGUCUGAUCUUCAUUUGGUAACUUUGUGACUGUCCAGUUGAUCCUAACAAUAAAAGCGAAGUAACCAGCUAUA